AUGACAUCGCAUGAAGAAUUUAUUAGAACACAGAUCUUUGGAACUGUAUUCGAAAUCACUAAUAGGUAUACAGACUUAAACCCCGUUGGGAUGGGUGCAUUUGGUCUUGUAUGUUCUGCUACCGAUACUUUAACAAGUCAACCUGUUGCAAUUAAAAAAAUUAUGAAACCAUUUUCAACUGCAGUAUUGGCCAAAAGAACAUAUAGAGAAUUAAAAUUAUUAAAACAUUUAAGACAUGAAAAUUUAAUCGGUUUACAAGAUAUCUUUUUAUCUCCUUUAGAAGAUAUUUAUUUCGUUACAGAAUUACAAGGUACUGAUUUACAUAGAUUAUUACAAACUAGACCCUUAGAGAAACAAUUCGUUCAAUAUUUCUUAUAUCAAAUUUUACGUGGUUUGAAAUAUGUUCAUUCAGCUGGCGUGAUUCAUAGAGAUUUAAAACCAAGUAAUAUCUUAAUUAAUGAAAAUUGUGAUUUGAAAAUUUGCGAUUUUGGUUUAGCAAGAAUUCAAGAUCCACAAAUGACAGGUUAUGUAUCAACAAGAUAUUAUAGAGCUCCCGAAAUUAUGUUAACUUGGCAAAAAUAUGAUGUCGAAGUUGACAUUUGGUCUGCAGGUUGUAUCUUUGCAGAAAUGAUCGAAGGAAAACCUUUAUUCCCAGGUAAAGAUCAUGUCCAUCAAUUCUCUAUUAUUACUGAUUUGUUAGGUUCCCCACCAGAAGACGUUAUUAAUACGAUAUGUUCUGAAAAUACUUUGAAAUUUGUAACAUCUUUACCUCAUAGAGAUUCUGUACCAUUCAGUCAACGAUUUAAAAAUGUGGAGCCAGAUGCUGUGGAUCUCCUUGAAAAAAUGUUAGUCUUUGAUCCUAAAAAGAGAAUUACAGCAGCAGAUGCAUUAACUCAUCCUUAUCUAGCUCCAUAUCAUGAUCCAACUGAUGAACCUGUCGCUGAUGCUAAAUUUGAUUGGCAUUUCAAUGACGCAGAUUUACCUGUAGAUACCUGGAGAGUCAUGAUGUAUUCAGAAAUUCUAGAUUUCCAUAAGAUUGGUGGUACUAACGGACAAAUUGAUACAAAUGCUACUUUUGAUGAUCAAGUUGCAGCUGCUACUGCUGCAGCUGCUCAAGCUCAAGCUCAGGCACAUGCUCAUGCUCGUGCACAAGCACAAGCACAAAAUCAACAAUCCGGUACUCAAGUCGAGUCACAGGUUACAGGAACUACUUCUUCAACAUCUGGUAAGACAGCUGAUGGUGAUCCAAGCAAUAAAAAUAAUACUAAUGAGCAUGAUACAAUAACUACAUUUGCUAAUCAAGCCAUUCAUUAUGCAAAUGAAUUCGAACAAUCUUGA